GGAUGCCGGCAACUGGCUGCAGUGUUAGUGCGCUGCGAACAACCGGCGGCUACACACCUGGCCACGCAACCAACCCACACAGACGUCAUACCCCGAGCGGACUAGCGGACUAGCGGACCAGCUGAGCAGCUCGAAGAGUUUGAAGACCCUUGACAAAGUUUUCUGGCCCUUAAUGCCUGAAUAGAUUGAUCAUACGCCCCAUUCACACAAGCACGCAAAAUGACCGACCUGGAGUCAAUAAAAGCCGACAAGCACAAUGGCCAUCAGCCGCAUCACAACAACGCUGAUCUGGUGGAGAGCGAGCCACUCACCUGGAGAUUCUGGCGUAAGCAGCGCUACAUUGUGGUCCUGAUGGCCUUCUUUGGCUUCUUCAAUGUCUACUCGCUUCGCGUGAAUUUGUCGGUGGCUAUUGUGGCCAUGACUGAGAAUCGCACUGUCACUGAUGCCGAUGGCAAUGUAUCCUAUGAACAGGACUUUCCCUGGGACUCCAAGCAGAGGGGCUUGAUCUUGAGCUCCUUCUUCUAUGGCUAUAUCUUGACACAGUUCCUCGGUGGCUACAUUGGCACCAAAGUGGGCGGCAAUCUUGUUUUCGGCUUGGGCAUUGGCACAACUGCCAUCCUCACUCUGCUCACACCACUGGCGGCUCAACACAGCCUCGAAAUGUUCCUCGCUGUGCGCAUUAUUGAGGGCGUGUUCGAGGGCGUUACAUUUCCGGGCAUACACGCCGUGUGGGCCAGGUGGUCGCCGCCGUUGGAACGCUCUCGCAUGGCAUCAAUUGCAUUUGCGGGCAAUUAUGCUGGAACGGUAAUUGCGAUGCCAUCUUCUGGUAUGCUGGCAGCCCGUUACGGUUGGGCGAGCGUUUUCUAUGUAUUCGGCACUAUUGGUGUGAUCUGGUUGAUUCUGUGGCUGUUGAUUGUGCGUGCGGGACCUGAAAUGGAUCGCUUCUGCUCGAAGGAGGAGUGCGAGUACAUACAGAAAACUAUUGGAUAUUCGGGCUCUAAGAAGAUCAAGCACCCAUGGAAAGCGUUCUUCACAUCGAUGGCUUUCUAUGCAAUCAUCGCCUCACAUUUCUCCGAGAACUGGGGCUUCUACACGCUGCUCACCCAGCUGCCUAGUUUCCUUAAGGAUACGCUUAACUUUGAUCUGGGAAAAACGGGUUUCAUUUCGGCUGUGCCCUACCUGGCCAUGGGCAUAUUGCUGGCCGUCUCUGGUUAUCUGGCCGAUUGGCUGCAGGUGAAGGGCAUCUGGACAACAACGCAAGUGCGUCGUAACUUCAACUGCGGUGCUUUCCUGGCCCAGACGGUCUUUAUGAUGCUUACGGCUUACAUUAUGGAUCCCACUUGGUCAGUGGUGUUCAUUACAAUUGCUGUCGGCUUGGGCGCCUUUGCCUGGUCCGGAUUCGCUGUCAAUCACUUGGAUAUUGCUCCGCAGCACGCCAGUGUGCUCAUGGGCAUUGGCAACACGUUCGCCACCAUUCCCGGCAUCGUCAGUCCGUUGCUGACCGGCUACAUUGUGGGCGAUAGCGGAGACCGUUAUGAAUGGCGACUGGUGUUCUUUAUCUCAGCUGGCAUUUAUCUUGUUGGCUGCGUCAUCUACUGGUUUUAUGCGUCCGGCGAGCUGCAGGAGUGGGCCAAGACGCCGGAGCAAAAGGCAGCAGAAGCCGAAGAGAAACAACUGCAGCUGACACAGACAACUGGAUUCAUUAACACGGCGGCAGACCUAAAGGAAUAGCGCACCCAGCCCGCCCAACACAAUCGAUGUGUUCAACUCUUAGCCCAGCUGCAGCCGCUGGCAGAGACACACUUUAGCUUAGUUUAUACUCGUAUUCAUUCACAGUACCAUAUUGUAUGCCCUAGAAUUUCUUCUUUGUUAUGUGAUGCCAGCAAUUGGACGUUGCUCAUUCUGGCCGAUUGACUAUUUUUAGACCUGUUUGUGCACUCGCAGCGAGUGCAUCGCGAAUAAACAAAGUAUAUUUACUCAAACCAGGCGAUUAAU